AUGUUGGUGUUCUGUAUUAGUUUGUAUCGUAGUAAUUAUGUUGGUGUUCUUUAUUUGAAGGGUGAAUUGUUUGUGUUGGAGAAGAUUUAUAUUAUGGAAAUGGAAACAGAAAGCAUAACAAGGGGCAGUGAGGUUGGUGUUGGUGAUUGUGGCAGUGGAGUUAAGUUUCGGAGUAACGUCCAUAUGGAGGAGGGUAUAGAAGACGUAGAUGAUGCAGGUAGUUGUGCACUUGACAUGGAUGUUAGCAACGAAAUAGCUGUAGUUGUUGAGGAGCCUAAGGAAGGGAUGGUUUUCCAGUCUUGGCAAGACGUUGAAGCCUACUAUAAGGACUAUGCUGAGCAGAUGGGGUUUGGAGUGACAAGGGCCCAAGGUGUAAAUUCUAAGAUGGGGGACAAAAAAAAAAUCAAAGUCACGUGGAAGUGUGAGUGUUGGGGAAAACCUGACAUGAGGGCUAGGAGGGAAGCGAAGAAGAGGGCAAAGGCAAUGGGUCUUGGAGGUUCAAAUGGUUUAAUUGACGGGGUGGUAUGUGAGGAUGAAUUAAGUGGUAUGAAGAGGACUUCAAAAAAGUGCGAAUGUCAGACUCGUGUUUAUGCUAAAGUUAACGAAGAUAGCUUGUGGGAGUUGAAGAGCGUGGAACUAAAGCAUAAUCACGGGAUUGAUCCGGCAAAUUCUAAGCUUGUGAAGGAGUACCGCAUGAAGCAAAUGACCUCCGGAUUUAAGAAGAGGCUGAUAGAUUUCUAUGAGCAAGGUGUACCAAUUUCUCAAAUACACGGUUUCAUGGCGACCGAACGAAAGGGUAACAUGACUCUCACAGUAAAAGAUUCACAACAUGAGGUGUACAAGGCUAGACGAUUGAAGAUGGUUGGAAGGAACUCAGUGGUAAUGAUGGAGUACUUUGAAAAAAUGCAAACCGAGAACCAAAAUUUUUUCCAUGCUCAACGCUUGGAUGAAGAAGGGAGGCUUAAAGAUGUGUUGUGGGUGGAUGCAAGAAGUAGGGUAGCUUUUGAGGACUUUGGUGAUGCGGUUUGCUUCGACACAACAUACCUAACGAAUGAGUACGAGCUCCUGUUUGCAAAUUUUGUUGGUGUGAACCACCAUGGGCAAUCGUUGUUGUUGGGAUGUGCCCUUGUUUCACAUGAAGACUGUGAUACGUUUGCGUGGAUAUUUCGACAGUGGUUAGCUUGCAUGAACAAUCGGGCUCCUAAAGCCAUAUUGACCGACCAAGCGGCAGCUAUGCGGAGGCCCUUUGCUGAAGUCAUGUCGAACACGGUGCAUCGUUGGUGCAUAUGGCAUAUCAUGAACAAGAUCCCUGAGAAACUUGGCAAGUGUGUACGUUACCAAGAGUUCGUCAACCCCCUCAAAGAGCUAGUGUAUGAGAGCUUUGACCCCGAGGAGUUCCAAACCCGAUGGGCAGAGUUUAUUGCUUAG